GUUCUGUGUCAAGUUAUGAAUGUUUAUGUUUUGUGUUGUGAAAAAUUCGGAACUAACAUGGAGUUUUGAGUUGAAAAAGAAUCAAAUUUCUGUUAAACGUUAAACAUGAUAUAUUUGUUUAAUUUAUUUUCUUGCUACAUCAAUCCUCCGUAGAGCAUACGAUGUCUUCCAAAAGUGAAUUGAAAAAGUUGUCUGAAGAAAACCUAACUCGCCAGCCUGAGGAAGUGUUUGACAUAAUAUGUAAACUAGGCGAGGGAAGCUAUGGCAGUGUGUAUAAAGCUUUACACAAAGAAUCGGGCCAAGUAUUAGCAAUAAAACAAGUACCUGUUGAUACAGAUCUUCAAGAGAUUAUCAAAGAAAUCUCCAUUAUGCAACAAUGUGACAGUCCAUAUGUAGUCAAAUACUAUGGGAGCUACUUCAAAAAUACAGAUCUUUGGAUAGUCAUGGAAUAUUGUGGAGCGGGGUCUGUCUCGGAUAUAAUGCGUCUACGCAAAAAAACCCUUUCUGAAGAUGAAAUUGCUACAAUCCUCUGUGACACUUUGAAAGGAUUGGAGUAUCUUCAUCUUAGAAGGAAAAUACAUAGGGAUAUAAAAGCCGGCAAUAUAUUGUUGAACUCUGAAGGUCAUGCCAAAUUGGCGGACUUUGGGGUUGCUGGACAGUUGACUGAUACUAUGGCCAAAAGAAAUACUGUGAUUGGAACUCCAUUUUGGAUGGCACCAGAAGUGAUUCAAGAAAUAGGUUAUGAUUGUGUGGCAGACAUAUGGAGCCUUGGUAUAACUGCCUUGGAAAUGGCUGAGGGGAAGCCCCCUUAUGGAGACAUUCACCCUAUGAGGGCCAUUUUUAUGAUUCCUACUAAGCCACCUCCUUCAUUCAGGGAGCCAGAUAAAUGGAGUCCUGAAUUUAUUGAUUUUGUUAGUAGCUGCCUUAUUAAGAAUCCAGAAGAUAGGGCAACCGCGACUGAUCUUUUAGCUCAUGACUUUGUAGGAAAUGCCAAGUCACCUACAAUCCUGAGCACAAUGAUACAGGAAGCUAGAGAGAUAAGAGAAAAUCAAACCUACAAGAACUUGAAUUCUGUAGCAAAUAUGCAGUUGAAACAAAAUACUAAUGAAGAAUCUGAUGAAGAAACGAAUAUAGGCAACCAAACCAUGCUUGACGCAGCAGAUGAGUGCACCUUAACACCUCAUAAAGAUGGCACUUUAGUACCAGGAUCCCCUAGUGGUACUCUUAUAGAAAUAGAGUCAGAUUUAGGCACCAUGGUUAUAAAUAGUGAUAUUGAUGACCAAACUAUGAAAAAACACGACACCUUAGACAAGAAUGGGAAGAAAUAUAGGCCAAUGUUCCUAGAUCACUUUGAUAAAAAGGAAGCUGAAAUUAAGCAAGCAAAUGGUGUCGCGACUCCAACGAGUCCUACAAACGACGUAUCUGAAGUUGAUAAUAAAUUGAAAGAAGAACAGAAGUACCAAAGCAACUUUCAAGUACAAUUGAAUCAACAAUCACCUCAGACACCGCCUUCUCCUCAGAAAAUGUUGCCUCAGGAACAGAAACACUCGCCUCAGUAUCAUAAACCUUUCUCAGAUGGAGACUUCGAAUUCUUGAAAUACUUGAGUCUCGAGGAGUUGCAGCAGAAAAUGAAUUCGCUAGAUUUAGAUAUGGAGAGAGAGAUAGACGAACUGCGUAAAAAAUAUCAGUUGAAAAGACAGCCUAUUCUUGAUGCGAUGGAUACAAAACGCAAAAGAACGCAGAAUUUCUAAGAUUAUCCUACAAGAUAUGAUGUUGAGGUGCUCAAAAAUGUUUUAUCGUUUGUCUAUUUUACUUGCCAAGUUUUGUUCUGAUUUAAAUGACAAAUUGUUUAGUGAUUUAUGUUGAUCUCUGUUGGUUUUACGAAUUUUGAAAAUCGAAAAAACGCAUGUCGCCAAAGAAAUUAUUUUGUCGUUGAUAUAUUUAUCUCAGCACUGGUUUACCCUCUUUUUGAUGUAAGUUUUUCUGUAUUCGUUUCAGUUUUUGAGCAGUGUAAGAUGGUUUCGUCACUGGAAUGUAUAGAAAAAUGGAUUUUGUAUGCACUUUUUAAGCUAGACACUAAAGAACACCGAACUAUAGAAUUUUGUGGCAUUUAUAGCCCCAAAAUAGUUGUGCCUUGCAUAGUAAGGUAACAUACAACCCGUUUUUCAAAUCGUAUUUCUUUACCUUCUAGUGGCGAAUGUAAGUUGUUCCUGUUUUAUUGUACUUAAAGUGUUGCGUUUAAACUUGUAGAGGCACUACACGAUGUCAUUUCACGUUUAUUCAACAGAAUAGUGUUUGUUUACAUGGCAAUUCUCAACCAAGAAGUAAUUCAUCGCGCUCGUACUGGCCAGUAAUUAUAAAAAUGGUGCGUUGAUUGGAUAAACUUUGCUGUUUCAACUAGAUUAGAUAUAGCUAUAGUCGGAAGAACUAUUUUAUUAACGUUUACUCCAGCAGCAAUAGUUAUAUGUAAGGAUGUUAAAAAAAUAUUUUGCAUUCGAACUUUGUAAAGUCUAACACACGAGAGUCUGCGAGAGACGGAAGGGUGAAAGACGGGGGAGGACGGAAGAUAGGUGGUCCGAAGCAUAGGCGGCGUGAAUAAAUGUGCGGAAAGUGAAAAUAAGAUAAAUUAAUAAGGCGUAACAAUAAAUGAAUAAGCAGUUAUUGGUCGUUAACAAAUUGAAUGAGAAUCAAUUGAGUAGAUAGUCGUCUUACCGUGAUGGUGUCUUAGUGUCAUAUGUUCGCCUCAAAAUUGCUCAUAUCACUUCCAAACUAUCCCCGCACUUGGAAGUAAUUGGUAACCAACAAUGUCCCUUGUCCAUGGUCAUCUGAAGUUGAAUCCCUAACACACAAACUAAGGAGGUGGCAUCACAUAGUCAUUGUCACUAUUAUCACUAGUAUCUAACAAGCUGCCAUCGCUGUCACUCGUUUCUCCCAAGUUAAUAAUUAUCUCUUCCUGUAUUUCUCCUAUUAGCCGAUCUUCCAAUAUCCAUCUUCAAUUUUGGUGACGUGUUGUAUAACUUUUCGCCAAGAUGUGACGAAAUCGUAGAUUUUUCUUGUACUUAGUAUACUUAUAUUGAUGACAUUUUUCACAAUAGUACUCCUCAAAUGAUUAGUACAUUUUGUUUAAGUAUAUAUAUAUAUACAUAUAUAUAAAUCUCAUAUCUUUACGCGAAACGAAAUACGUCUGGCAUCCCGUAUUUUUUGCCCGCAUUUUUUUGCCUCGCAAACUCUCGUGUGGCAGACAUUACUUUGGAAAAGGUUGCCGGGUAAACCGGAAUGUUAGUAUAGUAUAUAAACUAGCAUUACAGGCCUAGUAGGCCCAUGGCUUGAUUAAUAAUCCUUCGCCAUUCUUCUCUAGCGAUUGUUUUCCAGUCAUAUAUGAAUAAUUUCCUCAGGUCGUCUUUCACCUGUUUUCCACCUAGUCCUAGGUCUGCAUCUCCUUUUCUUUCCCCCUAAUUGAUGGAUAAGCAGUGCCUUUGAUAUCCUAUGUUAUGUCAUUCUUUGUGUCCCAACCAUCUCAACCUCUGAACUUUUAUGAUCGCCGUUAUGUUUGGCUCUGUGAACAGUUUUAUCAACUCAUCAUUUGUUCUUCGUGCUCACGUAGCAUCUUGUAACAUUUUGCCACCUAAAAUCUUAACACCUUUCAUUCCAGCUUUGCUCUUGUUAUGGCCCAUGUUUUAAAUGCAUAACGUGGCAUUAUUAGCGUUUUGUAGAUCCUGAUUGUAGCCUAGCUCUCCCUAGUAGAGUAACUCUUAAAACAUGUCUGGUUACGUUUAUUGGUUGAGAGAAGCAAGUUCGAAUUUUGUAACCAAUAUAACAAAUAUUACCUUCAAGAGAAUUUAGGCAAAGCGAAAAAGGUUUGUUUAUGAUUUUGUCGUCACCUCAAAGCAGAUACAACUAUGGGAUAUGUUCCAGAAGUUACAUAAAACUUCAUCGAUGUUUUAGACUUCUUUCGUUUUUUCUCAAAGUACAAAAAAACAAAAUUGUGUACUUUCAAAAUGUAACUAAUGUCAUUCAUCACACAUGUGCUAUUUGCCAGUGUAGCAGCGAUGAAUCAGAAAAACAACCGCACAAUUUUCUUGCAACCAGCAACAUUUCUUGGUUCCACACUUUUCUUGAAAAAAUCAUUUUAGUGCCAUGCAAGAAGUUCGUUUUUGAGAAGGAAUACAACUUAUUUCACUAUGUGGGUGAAAAAAGUAUUGGCAUACAUUUUUUCUUGAAUCUCAAUAAUUAAUAAAUGAAUUUUUAUUUGAAAAGUAACAACCAAAUAGCAAUUUCUGAUGGCAAUAUAUUGAGCAAAUUAAAAAUUAUAUAAGCAUAACAAUAUGUCAUGUUCCAAAGAAGUAUUGGCACACUAAAGAAACAAACAAGUAAAACAGUUUUGACAAGAGUUAUUUACAGCUAUACCAGCUAUCCAUAAUGCCCUGAAGUCAUAGUGGCAUGGAAUUCCUGAGUAAAUUCUAUUCUAAUUUGACUUAAUAAGAACAUCUUGUAGCUGACGUUUUGCAGAUUUUUUCUUUUUCAGGCCUUCAGGUCCAAUAAAUUUGUUUUGAAAUAAUUUAUUUAUACAUAAUAAUACAAAAUGUAUAACCAGUUUUAACAGUAAUUCUCCAAUCAGUGCUUGCAAACACUGACCACGAGAAUAACAAAAUAAUCAAUAUCUAUAAAAUAUAAACUGCAAUGUUGCGCAUAAUUUCAAGAAAUAAAUUAAAUAACAUUUUUAAAAUCUUUCAAUUCUCUAACAAAACUUCUAUAGUUUUAAUUGCCUGUGAUUGGAUUUUUUGAACGUAUAUUAGUUCUCGUGGAAACUUGAUAAACAUUAUUUAGUGAUCUUGUUUGGAGGUCAUGCACGUUAUGGUAAAACCUACUAUUUAUGUUACUUUUUUGUAGAUUAUUUAUAAUUUUAUAAAAUAGUUUACAUUGUUCCACCUCCAUUAUCACUCUUGAUUUAUUUGAAUUUAAAUUUGAAUAAAUUGUAUUAUAACUUGUAAGCCAAUCAAAAUUGAACAAUAUCCUCAAAAUUUCAUUUUGCAAAACUAGAGCUUUAUUAAAAUUAACUUCACCGCACAUACCCCAUACAGGCAAGAUGUACCUAAAGUGUAUGAGAAAGAAGGCAUUAUAAAUUUGAAAUUUGCUUUUGUUAGACAAAUAAUCUCUACUCUUAUAUUUAUAACCAUUGAAACUAUUUUAUCAGAAAUUCCAUUUAAAUGUAGUAACCAAUUCUAAUUUUCAUCUAUUAGUAAUCCCAAACAUUCAAUACUCGACACUUUUUCUAGCGCUAUAUUAUUUAUGUUAAUCUUUAGGUUAUUUUUGUCUGCCAAAUGACAGCUACAAGACGUUUUUUGAUCCUUGAAUCUCAUAUUUCCUAUUAUUAUUCUUAUAUUUUAAUUUGCUCAAUCUGUUGCCACCAAAAUGUUUAGAUAGAUUUAGUAUCAAAAACAUAGGGAGUGCCAAUACUGUUUUGGCUCAUUGAAUGAACGCUCGUCAAAAUAGUCUUUGUUAAUAUCAAGAUUUUGAGAUGUUUCAUAAUUUUUAAUAGGUUCACGUAUAGCAAAAAUAACCAGAAUCAGCACAUUGUUUUUCGAGGUAUUAGAAAGCAUUAAUUAUUUUGACGAGCUGUCCCUAGUUUUCAAAGGCAGAUCACUCAUAGAGUCUGCGUUGUUACUGUUAGAUAUCUGAUCAACUAACUAGUUUAUCAGAAUGUUAGAUAUUCUAUUUUGAUAAGCUCACGAUUAUACAGUAUGAGAAACUAUGUAACAUUAGAAGGAAUAUAAACACACUACGUUUUGAUGAUUGGUUACUCAUAUGAUAAUUUUCAGAUGCUAGUUCGAAUCUUCAGAUUUCUAUACUUUUAGUUUAUCAGCUUUUAAACCUGUGUGACAUUGUACAGUAAUUUUCUAAUUCGUCAUACUAAAUUUAACAAAUGUGUACAAUAUGUACGCUUGCUGUGCCUUUAGUAGUUUAAGUAGCUGUAGUUUGGUAGGACUGUAACCAUAUUUUUUGACGAUCCAUAAUAAAAAAUCAUUCAUCUA